AUACAUUGAUUAAUAUAAUCCAGAUUUUGUGUGCGCCUAAUCAGAUUUGCAGGAGAGAUAUAUUAUACUAAUACUAAUAAAGAGAGCUCCCCACUCUCUCCUGAGGCAAAAGAAAGAAGACGAUGAUAAUAUAGUAAAUCCACUCUUGAAUGAUUAUACAAAUCAGAUUUAGUUAAGCUCGUAAAUAAAUGGAAGAAGCAUUGUUAGGGGGAAGUUUGAGGGGACGAAGAUGGGAUGUGUUUGUGGAAGAGUUGAAGAAGGUGAGCAAUAUAGCAAUACCAAUGGUGGUGGUUACUGUAUCACAGCACCUUUUGAGGGUUGUGUCUAUGAUGAUGAUUGGUCAUCUCAGUGAACUUUCCCUUUCUGGGGCUGCUAUUGCUACCUCUCUUACCAAUGUUACUGGCUUCAGUCUACUUUUUGGAAUGUCUAGUGCUUUAGAGACUCUCUGUGGACAAGCUUAUGGAGCUGAAGAGUACCGGAAGCUAGGAAUCUACACGAAUGGGGCAAUUAUAUCUCUCCUUCUGGUUUGCAUACCGAUAUCUGUUCUGUGGCUUUUUGUGGACAAAUUUCUUAUACUCAUAGGUCAAGACCCUCUUAUUUCCAUAGAAGCAGGCAAAUAUUCAAGUUGGCUCAUUGCUGCUUUAUUUCCUUAUGCUAUUCUACAAGCAUUGAUCCGGUACUUGCAGACUCAAAGCUUGAUUCUUCCAAUGCUUAUGAGCUCAAUUGCAGCUCUUUGCUUUCACGUGCCUCUCUGUUGGGCGCUUGUAUUCAAGCUAAACUUGGGAAGCGGUGGAGCUGCAAUUGCAAUUGGAUUAUCUUAUUCGUUCAAUGUGCUCUUGCUUUGUUUAUAUGUCAAAUACUCUUCCUCUUGUGAAAAAACUCGUCUUUGUUUCACGAAAGAAGUUUUGCCUAGCACAAAGGAAUUCUUUCAUUUGGCUAUCCCUUCCGCUAGCAUGGUUUGUCUUGAAUGGUGGACAUCCGAGAUAGUGAUACUGCUUGCUGGUCUCUUGCCAAAACCUCAACUUGAAACUUCAGUGCUUUCAAUAUGCCUCUUAGUUUCUUCACUUCAUUAUUUCAUACCAUUUUCCAUUGGUGCUGGUGCAAGCACUAGAAUUUCUAAUGAACUAGGUGCUGGGAAUCCUGAAGCAGCUAGAAUGUCUGUCUUGUCAGUAACUGUACUCGGAAUGGCAGAGGCCAUAGUAGCAAGUAUCAUUCUUCUUUGCUCCUGUCACGUUCUGGGAUAUGCAUUCAGUAAUGAGAAGGAAGUAGUGUAUUAUCUCAGAGACAUGACUCCACUUCUUUGUCUCUUGAUUGCAACAGACUGCAUUCAGGCUGUACUUUCUGGCGUUGCAAGAGGAAGCGGAUGGCAGCAUUUGGGAGCCUAUGUCAAUCUUGGCUCAUACUAUCUGGUUGGAAUCCCAGUAGCCAUAUUGUUGGGUUUCUUUCUCCAUUUAAAAGGGAAGGGGCUCUGGAUUGGACUAAAUGCAGGCUCAUUAGUACAAUCUCUUCUGUUUUCCCUUAUAACAUGUCUCACGGAUUGGCAAAAGCAGGCAUCAAUUGCUAGGGAAAGAAUAUAUCAUUCAAAAGAGUGUGCGCGCUUACUGGCCAACUGAAAACACCAAGAAGACAAAUUAUAUAACGAGGGUUGAUGAAGAGGUCCAUUGGGAUUCACAAAAAAUAUAUAUUUGAGAAAGUCUUUUUAUAUGAUCUUGAUCAUCUCAUAUGAGCUAACUAAUGUGCAUUUCUUUAACUAGUUAGAAUGUCUUUUUAACUCUCAAGGGUCGUUUGAUUAAUGGUGGUAUUCGAUAAAAUAAUCACAUGAAAUAUCUCGAAAUUAUUAUAUUAUUCCACUAACAAAAUGACUUAAGUAGGCUUAGCUCUCUUUGGUGUUAAAAGCAGCCAAAGGUAAUUCAAAAUACAGGAGAAGGAAAACAAUCGAUCUUUUUAUAAUUACCAAUAGAAAACUAGUAGACAACAAGCUAUAUUAAGUUACACAUAUGACUAGACAAGUAGUUGCUCAGACAAUAAGCACCCUCCUCCAGUUCCAAAUGCAAUACUAGUAUUAAUUGAGUGUUGAUUAGUAAGGUGGAGGUAAACGGCUCAACGGUGGAGAUGGACGAUAAUGAGGAUCAUAAUUAUACGGUGGAAGAGAAGGACGAGGUGGUGGCCCUAGAGGUGGUGCAGGGGACGGAGGCCGAGGAGCAUAUUCAUUGACAAGUACAACUACUGGAGGAGGAAAAGGUGGUGG